UCUUGUAUAUAAGUGCCUCCUCAUACCAAAAAUACUAGUUGACUUGAGAUCCCAUACAUACAUAAACAAUCCCUUUACUUUUGUUUUUUAUUUAUAUAUAACAACCCCACAAUUGGGCAAUUGCCAUUUCUCUCUCUCAACUCAAAAUGAGCAUUAUUGAGAUGGUUGAGUCAAGGUUGCCACCAGGUUUCAGGUUCCAUCCAAAAGAUGAAGAGCUUAUAUGUGAUUACCUGAUGAAGAAGGUCACUUCCUCUGAAUCUUCUCUGUUCAUUGAAGUUGAUCUCAACAAGUGUGAGCCUUGGGAUAUUCCUGAGAUGGCAUGUGUUGGGGGCAAAGAUUGGUAUUUCUACAACCAGAGAGAUAGGAAAUAUGCAACAGGACUUAGAACAAAUAGGGCAACACUAUCUGGAUAUUGGAAGGCGACAGGCAAGGACAGGCCGAUCCUUAGCAAGGGCACCCUUGUUGGCAUGAGGAAGACCUUGGUCUUCUACCAAGGUAGGGCACCCAAAGGCAAAAAGACUGACUGGGUCAUGCAUGAGUUUCGCCUCCAAGGCCCUCUCACCCCACCUGCCAUUCCUUCUCUCAAGGAAGAUUGGGUUCUAUGUAGAGUGUUCAACAAAAGUAGAUCAGAAGCAGCAGGCAAGGCAAUAACAAGCAACAUGGGGAAUGGGUACUAUGACAACAUGAACAUGGGCUCUUCAACUCUUCCACCACUAGUGGAUUCUUACAUCAAUUUUGAUCAAACUGAAAUCAAACUCAAUGAAUAUGAGCAAGUGCCCUGCUUCUCCGAUAUGUGCUCCCCAAACCCAUCAAACCUAGUGUUCCCACACAUCACCCAUAUGGAGCCACACUUGCUCACUAAAACUAUUGCACCCAUAUUUGGAGGAAUGCCAGACUUGGGUACUUUCUCUUGUGAUAAAAUGGAAAUAAAGACUGUGUUGAACCAGCUCUCCAAUGUGGAAGAGUCACCAAGCUUUGGGGAAGGGAGUUCAUCAGAGAGCUACUUGUCUGAAGUGGCUCUGCCCCAUAUUUGGAACCCUUAUUGUUAGUACUGUUCCUGUAAAGGAGUUGUAUGAAAUAUUUUAUUCAUGAGAAGGGUUUCUUCUCUUGUUAGAAUUGUACAUAUAUGUGUCUUUGUUUCCCCUCUUGAGUCUUGACAACUCCUUUAAAAGGGAAUGUGUAAUUUGAGUCUUGAUUAUAGAUUACUCUUAGAGCUCUUGAAGUUGGGUAAUA